AGAGGGGGGCGGGGGAGCGGCCGCCGCCGCCCCCCGGAGGCGCCGGAGCCCCGGAUCCCGUUCGGAGCCAGCCAGCCGUCCCGAGCUACGACCAGGCUUCACUGAAAACAAAUCCUGCAAGUUCCAGGGGCCUACACUGGAAACUUGGGAGAUCCUGCUUCCCGCUUCCCAGGCCACAGCUGUGGGGAACUUGGGGUGAAGCAGAGAAGUUUCUGUAUUCAGCUGCCCAGGCAGAGGAGAAUGGGGUCUCCACAGCCUGAAGAAUGAAGACACGACAGAAUAAAGACUCAAUGUCAAUGAGGAGUGGACGGAAGAAAGAGGCCCCUGGGCCCCGGGAAGAGCUGAGAUCGAGGGGCCGGGCCUCCCCUGGAGGGGUCAGCACGUCCAGCAGUGAUGGCAAAGCCGAAAAGUCUAGGCAGACAGCCAAGAAGGCCCGCGUAGAGGAAGCCUCCACCCCAAAGGUCAGCAAGCAGGGCCGGAGUGAGGAGAUCUCAGAAAGUGAAAGUGAGGAGACUAAUGCACCAAAAAAGACCAAAACCGAGCAGGAGCUCCCUCGGCCACAGUCUCCCUCAGAUCUGGAUAGUUUAGAUGGGCGAAGCCUCAAUGAUGAUGGCAGCAGUGACCCUAGGGAUAUUGACCAGGAUAACCGAAGCACGUCCCCCAGCAUCUACAGCCCUGGAAGCGUGGAGAAUGACUCCGACUCAUCUUCGGGCCUGUCCCAGGGCCCAGCCCGCCCCUACCACCCCCCUCCACUCUUUCCUCCCUCUCCUCCACCGCCAGACAGCACCCCCCGACAGCCAGAGCCUGGCUUCGAACCCCAUCCUUCUGUGACACCCGCUGGAUAUCAUGCUCCCAUGGAGCCCCCUCCAUCUCGAAUGUUCCAGGCUCCUCCUGGGGCCCCUCCCCCUCACCCACAGCUCUACCCCGGGGGCACUGGCGGAGGAGUUUUGUCUGGACCCCCAAUGGGUCCCAAGGGAGGAGGGGCUGCCUCUUCAGUGGGGGCUCCUAGUGGGGGUAAACAGCACCCUCCGCCCACCACCCCCAUUUCAAUAUCAAGCUCUGGGGCUGGUGGUGCUCCCCCAACAAAGCCACCUAACACUCCAGUGGGUGGUGGAAACCUACCCUCUGCUCCACCACCAGCCACCUUCCCCCAUGUGACACCAAACCUGCCUCCCCCACCUGCUCUGAGACCCCUUAACAACGCAUCAGCCUCUCCUCCUGGCCUGGGGGCCCAGCCACUACCUGGGCAUCUGCCCUCUCCCCAUGCCAUGGGGCAGGGUAUGGGUGGACUUCCUCCUGGCCCAGAGAAGGGCCCCACUCUUGCUCCCUCACCCCAUCCUCUGCCCCCUGCUUCCUCCUCUUCUGCCCCAGCCCCGCCAAUGAGGUAUCCAUACUCGUCUGCAGGUAGCAGCUCUGCAGCAGCCUCCUCUUCCAGUUCUUCCUCUUCCUCUGCCUCCCAGUACCCAGCUUCCCAGGCAUUGCCCAGUUAUCCCCACUCCUUCCCUCCCCCAACAAGCCUGUCUGUCUCCAAUCAGCCACCCAAAUACACUCAGCCUUCCCUUCCAUCCCAGGCUGUAUGGAGCCAGGGUCCCCCCCCACCUCCUCCCUAUGGCCGUCUCUUAGCCAACAGCAAUGCCCACCCAGGCCCCUUCCCUCCUUCCACUGGAGGCCAGUCCACAGGCCACCCACCAGCCCCAACACAUCACCAUCACCACCAGCAGCAGCAACAACAGCAGCAACAGCAGCAGCAGCAGCAACAGCAGCAACAGCAACAUCAUGGGAGCUCUGGGCCCCCUCCACCUGGAGCAUAUCCCCACUCCCUGGAGAGCAGUAGCUCCCACCAUUCCCACCCUUACGCCAUGUCGCCCUCCCUGGGGUCUCUGAGGCCCUACCCACCAGGGCCAGCACACCUGCCCCCACCUCACAGCCAGGUGUCCUACAGCCAAGCGGGCCCCAAUGGCCCCCCACCCUCUUCCUCCUCUUCCAACUCCUCUUCUUCCUCUCAAGGAUCCUACCCAUGUUCACACCCCUCCCCUUCCCAGGGCCCCCAAGGAGCGCCCUAUCCCUUCCCACCGGUGCCUCCGGUCACCACCUCUUCGGCUACGCUUUCCACGGUCAUUGCCACAGUGGCUUCCUCGCCAGCGGGCUACAAAACAGCUUCCCCACCUGGGCCCCCGCCGUAUGGAAAGAGAGCCCCGUCCCCAGGGGCCUACAAGACAGCCACCCCACCGGGAUACAAGCCGGGGUCGCCUCCCUCCUUCCGAACAGGGACCCCACCCGGCUACCGAGGCGCCUCGCCGCCCGCGGGCCCAGGGACCUUCAAGCCAGGCUCGCCCACUGUGGGGCCAGGGCCUCUGCCACCUGCCGGGCCCUCAGGCCUGUCCUCCCUGCCACCACCACCUGCGGCCCCUGCCUCGGGGCCGCCCCUGAACGCCACGCAGAUCAAGCAAGAGCCGGCUGAAGAGUAUGAGACCCCCGAGAGCCCGGCGCCCCCGGCCCGCAGCCCCUCGCCCCCUCCCAAGGUGGUAGACGUGCCCAGCCAUGCCAGCCAGUCAGCCAGGUUCAACAAACACCUGGACCGCGGCUUUAACUCGUGCGCGCGCAGCGACCUGUACUUCGUGCCGCUGGAGGGCUCCAAGCUGGCCAAGAAGCGGGCCGACCUGGUUGAGAAGGUGCGGCGCGAGGCCGAGCAGCGCGCGCGCGAAGAAAAGGAGCGCGAGCGCGAGCGGGAACGCGAGAAGGAGCGGGAACGCGAGAAGGAGCGCGAGCUGGAACGCAGCGUGAAGUUGGCUCAGGAGGGCCGGGCUCCAGUGGAGUGCCCAUCUCUCGGCCCAGUGCCCCAUCGCCCUCCAUUUGAGCCGGGCAGUGCUGUGGCUACAGUGCCCCCCUACCUGGGUCCUGACACUCCAGCCCUGCGCACGCUCAGUGAAUACGCCCGGCCCCACGUCAUGUCUCCCGGCAAUCGCAACCAUCCAUUCUACGUGCCCUUAGGGGCAGUGGACCCGGGGCUCCUGGGUUACAAUGUCCCGGCCUUGUACAGCAGUGACCCAGCAGCCCGGGAGAGGGAGCGGGAAGCCCGUGAACGAGACCUCCGUGACCGCCUCAAGCCUGGCUUUGAGGUGAAGCCCAGUGAGCUGGAACCCCUACAUGGGGUCCCUGGGCCGGGCCUGGAUCCCUUCCCCCGACAUGGGGGUCUGGCUCUGCAGCCUGGCCCACCCGGCCUGCACCCUUUCCCCUUUCAUCCGAGCCUGGGGCCCCUGGAGAGAGAACGUCUAGCGCUGGCAGCUGGUCCAGCCCUGCGGCCUGACAUGUCCUACGCCGAGCGUCUGGCAGCCGAGAGGCAGCAUGCAGAAAGGGUGGCAGCCCUGGGCAAUGACCCGCUGGCCCGGCUGCAGAUGCUCAAUGUGACCCCCCAUCACCACCAGCACUCCCACAUCCACUCCCACCUGCACCUCCACCAGCAGGACGCCAUCCAUGCAGCCUCUGCCUCGGUGCACCCUCUCAUUGACCCCCUGGCCUCAGGGUCUCACCUUACCCGGAUCCCCUACCCAGCUGGGACCCUCCCCAACCCCCUUCUUCCUCACCCUCUGCACGAGAACGAAGUUCUUCGUCACCAGCUCUUUGCUGCUCCGUACCGGGACCUGCCAGCCUCCCUCUCUGCCCCGAUGUCUGCAGCUCACCAGCUGCAGGCCAUGCACGCGCAGUCGGCCGAGCUGCAGCGCCUGGCGCUGGAGCAGCAGCAGUGGCUGCACGCCCAUCACCCGCUGCACAGUGUGCCGCUACCUGCCCAGGAGGACUACUACAGUCACCUGAAGAAGGAAAGCGACAAGCCACUGUAGAACCUGCAAUCAAGAGAGCACCCAUGGCCCCUGCAUUUGGACCUCGGAGGCCUCCCUCCCAGCCUGCCACCCACGGCUGAGGAGGGGUGCUGCUCAUUUGCAGGGUUUCAGCAGCUGGGCAGAGGGAGGGAGGAAGGGACAGAUGGAAGGCCAAGGCUCCUGUGGUAUGCAGAGGUGGGGAGGUGGCCAGGGGUGGGGGUGGGGGGUGGGGGCAGAAAGCGCACAGUAUCUUGGACCAGGUCCCUCUUUCUUGUCCCCCUGCUUUCUUCCUCCCCCAUGCCCAACCCCCGGUGGCCACUGCCCCUCCCCCACCCCGUUGGUGUGAUUAUUUCAUCUGUUAGAUGUGGCUGUUUUGCGUAGCAUCGUGUGCUGCCCCCGCCCCUCCCCAGUCCCCGUGCGCGCGUCCCUUCUGCGAUGUAUGCCCCUUGCCCUUCCCCGACAUUAAUAAUUUAUAUAUAUAAAUAUC